UUUAAAAUGCUUACAUAAUUCACAAAAUAUUACUAAUGAAUUUUUAAAUGAGGUUAAUGCAUACUCUAUUAGUAUUAAUAAUGGAAUUCUCAAAAUAUUUGGUAUAUCUCAAAAUCCAGAUACAAAUAACUAUAUUAUUGUACUUGAAUAUGUAGAUGGUGGAAAUUUUAAUAAUUACAAUAAUUACAUCAGUAGGAAUUACACUUGGAAUGAAAAAUUGGUUGUACUAAGUAAAAUUGGUAAAGGUCUUAAAAUAAUUCAUGAAAAUAAAGUAGUUCACCGCGAUUUCCAUACAGGAAAUAUAUUGGUAUCAAUUAAUAAUAAUCUGAAAAUCAUUCAAGUAAUAUAUAUAUUUCAGAUAUGGGAUUAUGUGGAGAAGUCAGUAAUAUAGACAAAACAAAAAUUUAUGGAGUCAUGCCAUUUGUAGCUCCUGAAGUAUUAAGAGGAAAACCAUAUAGCCAAGCAGCAGAUGUAUAUAGUUUUGGUAUGAUUAUGUAUUAUAUUGCAACUGGAAGACAACCUUUUGCCAAUUGUGCUCAUGAUAGUGUUUUGGUAUUAAAUAUAUGUAAUGGAAUUAGACCUGAAAUAAAUGAACAAGAAGCACCAAAAUUUUAUAUUGAUUUAAUGAAAAAUUGUUGGGAUGAAGAUCAAGAUAAGAGACCAAGUGCUAUUGAAAUAGUAAAAUUGGUCAAUGAUCCUUAUUGUUCUGUUAUAGAUGAAGAAAUUAAAAAGCAAAUUGAAAAAGCAGAAGAAUAUAAAAGAACAAAUUUUUUGUCUACUAGAAAUAGUCAAUCAAUUCAUCCACAAGCUUGUUAUACUUCUCGAUUACUCAAUCCAUUUACACAAGAUCUUUCAAAAGAUGAUACUAGUUGUACUGAAUGUUUAUUAUUGAUUUUACAGUAGGUUAUCGAACAAAUGAAAAUAAAUCAAUUAGAACAUGCAUCUGCACCAAAUAGAAAAUACAUUUUAUGAAGUUUCAUCUAAGAAAAAAGUGAUGAUUAUAACUAAAUUCCUUAUAUCAGAUAAGAUGCAACAAA